ACCGUUUAUAAAUUCACGUCCACGAGGUCUCUUCGACGUGGAUGACGCGACUCCAUCGCACUUCCCGUGACCCGCCAAGCCACUCAAGCUACAGCUCUCCAUUGCUCUCUCCCCACACUCUCUCCACCACUUCACACCCCCAUCCCUCCCAUCCGAUUUCCCCCCCAAAAAAUGCCGUCCUUCCAAAGCAAAUCCUUCCAAAAAACGCUUCCGCACACCUUCGCAGCGCGCUACCGCAAAUUGCUCCAAAAACACCCCUUCGCGCUCUUCGGCCUCCCCUUCCUCGCUACCAUCGUCGGCGGCUCGUUUGCGCUGACGCCCGCCACGGCAUUGCGCUACGAGCGUUACGAUCGCAAGAACCAGCAGGUUAGCCAGGAAGAAGCCAUGGGCUUGAGAGCCGGUGAGAGGAGGAAGGUGGAUAUGAAGGAGGAGUACUAUAGACUGCAAGCCAAGGAUAUAGAUAACUGGGAACAACGCCGCGUGAAGCGUCUCCCCGGCGAAAUCGACGGUGUGCUCGAAUAA